CCUCCUUCUGAUUUAUCUGCAAAUUCUCUUCAAUUCAACUCUAGCUUGCAGUUUUGGAGUCUUCUGAGGAAGCUCGAAUUGAAGAAGAAUGAAUUCUAGAGGGACUCUUGCUGUUCUGUUUCUAUACGCAUUUCUGGCAUUGAGUUUCUUCGCUUGCCUCACAUCCGCCGCCUCACUCUUGCCGGCGGAGGAAGUGGAAGUUUUGAAAACAAUAUCUGCAAAGCUAGGGAACAAGUAUUGGAACGUUACCCAGACAUCUUGCAAUGAUGGCAUAGGUUUAAACCAGACCUUUCCCGAUGAUGGAUCUGGCAACGAUAAGUUCAGUCAUGUAAUAUGUGAUUGCAAUUUCAAUGGCAGUACAGCCUGCCAUGUUACAGAUAUCCUGUUGAAAGGUCUUAGUCUCCCAGGAGUUCUUCCUCCAGACUUCGCAAAGCUUAGGUUUCUGCGACAAUUGGAUUUGACUCGGAAUUACAUAAAUGGAUCAAUUCCCACUAGCUUUGGCCAACUCCCUCUCACUAAUUUGUCACUUUUGGGGAAUCGAAUCUCUGGGAAGAUACCCAAAGAAAUAGGUGAUAUUUCUACGUUGGAGCAUUUAGUAUUGGAAGAUAAUGAGCUUCAAGGACCUCUUGAUGAAAAUCUCGGAAGGUUGAGCAAUUUGAAAAGACUCCUUCUCUCUGCCAACAAUAUUACUGGAGUCAUACCAGAAACUUUUGUCAAUCUUAAGAAUUUGAUGGACUUCAGGAUAGACGGGAAUCCAAUAUCUGGUAAGGUUCCCGAUUUUAUUGGCAACUGGACAAAACUGACAACAUUAUACAUGCUUGGCACAUUGCUAGAGGGGCCAAUUCCUCCCACUAUAUCCCUGUUGAAAAAGAUAGAAAUACUGCAAAUUUCUGGUUUAAGAGGAGGAAGCAUGACAUUCCCAACGUUAGAGGGCUUGAAAAAUAUUACAACAUUAGUUUUGAGGAAUUGCUCGAUUGCUGAUACCAUCCCAGAAUACAUAGGAGCUAUUCCCAAUUUAAAAACUUUAGAUCUUAGUUUCAACAUGCUGAAUGGUAAAAUCCCAACUGCAAUGGGCAAGAAAAUUCAAUAUGUGUUUCUGGCGCAUAACAUGUUAAGUGGAGAGAUACCCAGUUGGAUUUCGGAAAGCAAAGAUAGAAUUGAUUUAUCCUACAACAGUUUAACAGAGUCAUCUCCAACAGGGUGCCAGGCCUCCAGUGUGAAUUUAGUCUCCAGCUAUUCAGUUCCAAAGAGUGACUCUAAUGCUUGGUGUUCACAGAAAGACCUCCCUUGCAGUAGUGGCAAAGCUCGAUAUCAUUCUCUCUUUAUAAAUUGUGGAGGAGGCAGAACUGAAUUUGAGGAUAAUACAUAUGACGAGGACUUUAACAAUGAAGGCCCAUCAUACUUUUCUGCAUCCUCUGAUAGAUGGGCUUACGGCAGCUCAGGAUUGUUCAUUUCAAAUGACAGUGCCAAAUAUGUUGCAACAAACACUUUUUCGUCGAAUGUGAUCAAAGAUGAUAUUUACAAAACAGCUCGACUUGCUCCAACUUCGCUUGUGUAUUAUGGGUUUUGCAUGAAACAAGGGAGCUAUAAAGUGGUCCUCCACUUUGCUGAAAUAAUGUUUUCUAAUGACUCAAAGUAUAGCAGUCUUGGGAGGCGACUAUUUGAUGUAAAAAUCCAAGGGAAGGUAGUCUUGACGGACUUUAACAUUGUGGAAGAAGCUAAGGGUGCUGGGAUUGGCAUUACAAAAGAGUUUGACGAUGUUCUUGUCAAUGGUAGCACCCUAGAAAUACACUUGUAUUGGACUGGAAAAGGAACUAAUGCUAUUCCUCGGAGAGGUGUACAUGGACCUUUGAUUUCCGCUAUUACAGUCACACCAAACUUCAAUACUGAUGAAGGGUUGAGUGCUGGAGCUAUAGUUGGCAUUGCGAUUUCUUGUUGUGUGUUCGCCCUGUUAAUCUUAGUAGCUCUAAGGAUGAAAGGGUAUCUCGGGGGUAAAGUUGCAGAAGACAAUGAAUUGAGAGCAAUUGAUUUGCAGACGGGCUAUUUUACUCUCAGACAGGUUAAGGCUGCUACUAAUAACUUUGACCUGGCUAAUAAAAUUGGUGAAGGAGGAUUUGGGCCAGUUUACAAGGGUGUUCUUUCAGAUGGUGUAGUCAUUGCUGUCAAGCAACUCUCUUCCAAGUCGAAUCAAGGAAACCGGGAAUUCAUCAAUGAGAUAGGAAUGAUAUCAGCUUUACAACACCCAAACCUUGUGAAGCUUCACGGUUGUUGUAUAGAAGGAAACCAGCUAUUACUAAUAUAUGAAUACAUGGAAAACAACUGUCUUUCUCGAGCACUUUUUGGACGCGAGGAUCAGAGGUUGAGUCUAGACUGGCAAACCAGGAAGAAGAUAUGCUUGGGAAUAGCCAAGGGCUUAGCAUAUCUCCAUGAGGAAUCGAGGUUGAAGAUCGUCCAUCGAGAUAUAAAGGCUUCCAAUGUGCUUCUUGACAAUGAUCUAAACGCUAAAAUUUCAGACUUUGGUUUGGCUAGGCUUGAUGAAGAAGAGAAUACCCACAUUAGCACACGAAUCGCUGGCACUGUAGGUUAUAUGGCUCCAGAAUAUGCGAUGAGGGGCUAUUUGACAGACAAAGCAGACGUUUACAGCUUUGGAAUAGUUACAUUGGAGAUUGUAAGUGGGAAAAGUAACACAAAUUACAGACCAAAAGAGGAGUUUGUGUACCUGCUUGACUGGGCUUAUGUCCUAGAAGAACAGGGAAAUCUAUUAGAGCUUGUGGAUCAGAGCCUGGGUUCCAACUAUCCUAAAGAAGAAGCGCUAAUGAUGCUCAAAUUGGCUCUUUUGUGUGCCAAUCCAUCACCAACUCUCAGGCCACCCAUGUCCUCUGUGGUGAAGAUGCUCAACCGCGAGAUUCCGGUGCAAGCGCCACCAGUCGGGCUGGGGAAGUCAAAUGAUGAUCCUGCUAGGUUUAAAGCCUUCAUGAAACUAUCACAUGACAGCCAGAGCCAGACCACAAAUUCUUCCUCAACCAUCUCUAAGGACAGUACUCGUCAGCUGCAGAGAAGUAUCUCACUUGGUGCACCCUGGACCGGUUCAUCGUACUCUUUUCCUAGCAGGGAUGGCAACCAAGAUUGUUCUUCCACUACCAAACUUCUUCCGGAUCUUUAUAACGUUAACCAAGAGUGAUCGACGGAUAGUAUAUGAAAGUGAGACUUGAAAAUGGCAGUCAUAGUAUAUGAAUGUGAAAUUAGAAAAUGGCAUGCAGUAAUUAUAUU